AUGAAAAGCUCACUCAAGAGCUUUUUGGUCCCACUUCUAACCCUAGCUCCAUUAGCCAUUUCCCGAAGCCCUAAUACACUUUGUUCCACUGCAAUACUCAUUCUCCUCGCAUGGCGCCUCACCACUUCCCUUCUCCACUGGCUCCACCCCGGAGGCCAUGCAUGGGGAAAGUACGUGAGUUACAGAGCUUGUGAGCGUUCCUCUCGAUCCAUUAUUCCCGGCCCAAGAGGCGUUCCUUUCGUCGGUAGCAUGCGCCUCAUGUCGGGUCUCGCUCACCGCCGCCUCGACGCCGUGGCGCGCUGCCUCGGAGCCAAGAGGCUCAUGGCCAUCUCUCUCGGCGAUACGCGCGCCGUCGUCGCCUCCCACCCCGAUGUCGCGAAGGAGAUUCUCAAUGGACCGUCUUUUUCCGACCGGCCGCACAACCAUUCCGCCUACGGCCUCAUGUUCCACCGCUCCAUCGGCUUCGCCCCCUACGGCGCCUACUGGCGGACCCUACGCCAUAUCGCGGCCUCUCACCUCUUCUCCCCGCGACAAAUUGAAGCUUCUGCUUCUCACCGCUUGCACGUCGCCACGGAGGUGGUUUCCGCUCUCCGACAAUUGGCCAUCGCCCGUAAAGCCGUUGAAAUUCGCGGGCUCCUCAAGCGCGCCUCGCUCUUCUUCAUCAUGCGCUCCGUGUUUGGAAAGAAGUACGAGCUGUCGACGGAGGCUGAAGCCGAGGUCGAAGAAUUGCUCGGCAUGGUUGACGAAGGAUACGACCUCUUGGGCAAGAGAAACUGGUGCGACUACUUCCCUCUCCUCGCCGGGCUCGACCUACAACAUAUCCAAUCUCGAUGCUCCAAGCUCAUGCCUAAGGUGAAUCGAUACGUGAACUCGAUCAUCGACGAGCAUCGAUCCACGGCCGGUACUGAAACCGAACGAAGUGACUUUGUAGCAGUAUUACUUUCGCUCCAGCAAAGCGAGGGGCUCUCGGAUGCCGACAUCGCUGCAGUGUUGUGGGAGAUGAUAUUUAGGGGGACCGACGCAACUGCGGUGUUGAUGGAGUGGGCAUUAGCUCGACUCGUCCUCCACCCGGACGUCCAAGCCAAAGUCCACGCCGAGCUCGACGAAGUCGUCGGGAGGUCAACGCCGGUUAACGAGUCGCACGUGCCGAAGCUCGUGUACCUCCAAGCGGUCCUCAAGGAGGUGCUCAGAAUGCACCCUCCGGGCCCACUGCUUGCGUGGGUCCGGCAAGCCACGUUGGACGCUGAGGUGGACGGCCAUUCUGUGCCAGCUGGCACCGCCGCGGUGGUGAACAUGUGGGCCAUCACCCACGACGCCGAUGUGUGGCCUGAGCCCUUCGAGUUCCGUCCCGAGAGGUUCCUUGCUGCGGGUGCCGGCGCCGACGUCGUCGAUCAAUUCUCCGUGCUCGGCGGCGACGCACGCCUCGCGCCGUUCGGCUCGGGCAAAAGAAGCUGCCCGGGGAAGGCGAUGGCAAUGACAGCUGUCGGCUUCUGGUUGGCCACCCUCCUGCACGAGUACGAAUGGGCGUCCCCGUCCGAUGCGCCGAGUGUCGACUUGUCGGAGGUUCUGCGGCUCUCCUGCGAGAUGGCCGUUCCGCUUGAGGUUGUGGUGCGCCCAAGGCGAGUUAUAUGAACACAUCGCAUGCAGUACUAUUGUGUGUCUUAUAACUGUGAUAAUAUGAUGUUAAGGGUGAAGUUUAAUUAGCUUCAUGUGUUUUAGCGCAGUUUUAUUUUGUCACCCUUUGAUUUUAUAACAAUGAUUCAUCGUUAAAUAGAGUGUUAAAGUCGUACAUUUA